CACAUAAUGAAAUUGUCACGGAUAUUCCUGCUCUUUGGUUGCUCCUUCCUGACGCUAACGCUUGUAACAGCGGCCCGUUCGGAGGAACCGGCCUUCGAGCUUCCGGUGCAGUUGAUUGGCUUUCCGAUAAUCAUAGCGGCCGUAAGAAUCGCCAACUUCCUAAAGAAGUUCACCUAUGCUUUAAAUCCAGAUACUUACGUCAGCCGAGUGAAACGGGCGCAUCCUUUGAUACACGACGAAGAGAUUUUAGAUGUCGGCCAAGUCGAGAAGAAGCUAGUAGCGGAACUCGGAAAUAACGUUUGCAUCUACGAGAAGAUUUGUACCAAAUACGCGGAACGAACUCUUCGAAGAAGAAGUCGAGAACGCAUUCUUGAUUGGGGCGAAGUAUUCAGAGAAUACAAGUCGUCGCCCAACCCGAUGAAGGAGAAUUACUUGCUGAGCGUCUUUCUGGGAGACAUUAUCGGCAAUCCGAAGCUGUGUCACUUAUUGGCGAAGAGAGGAAGAGCCUGCGAUAAUGCCGCCCUGUCGGAUUAG